CGAGGAGGAAAGACUGCAAGUCCCGCGAUGCUCUCGGCGGCCGGCGGAGAGGUUGAACCGGAAGGUGCUUCCUAGGCUCCAGGAGUGCGGCGACCGGUGUUGAACAACCAAAAGUCUAAUAUGAAACUGUAUUGCUUGUCGGGUCACCCAACCUUACCAUGCAAUGUGCUGAAAUUCAAAUCAACCACCAUUAUGUUGGACUGUGGACUGGAUAUGACUUCCACCCUCAAUUUCCUUCCUUUGCCACUUGUUCAAAGUCCCAGGCUGUCUAAUCUUCCUGGCUGGUCCCUGAAGGAUGGAAAUGCUUUCUUGGACAAGGAGCUGAAGGAGUGCUCAGGUCAUGUAUUUGUGGAUUCUGUGCCUGAAUUCUGUUUACCAGAGACUGAGCUAAUAGACCUGUCUACAGUAGAUGUGAUUCUCAUCUCAAACUAUCACUGCAUGAUGGCGCUGCCCUACAUCACUGAGCACACCGGAUUCACAGGCACAGUGUAUGCCACAGAACCCACUGUUCAGAUCGGCAGGCUUCUUAUGGAAGAACUGGUGAAUUUCAUUGAAAGAGUGCCAAAGGCUCAGUCUGCCUCCUUGUGGAAGAAUAAGGACAUACAACGACUCCUGCCUUCUCCUCUCAAGGAUGCUGUGGAAGUGUCAACCUGGAGAAGAUGCUACACAAUGCAGGAGGUGAACUCUGCCCUUAGCAAAAUCCAGCUGGUGGGAUAUUCUCAGAAAAUCGAGCUGUUUGGUGCUGUCCAGGUAACUCCUCUGAGCUCUGGCUAUGCCCUUGGAAGUUCCAACUGGAUUAUCCAGUCCCAUUAUGAGAAAGUUUCUUACGUCUCUGGAUCUUCCUUGCUUACUACACACCCUCAGCCCAUGGACCAAGCUUCUCUGAAAAACAGCGAUGUGCUGGUUUUGACAGGACUUACCCAGAUCCCCACUGCAAACCCUGAUGGCAUGGUCGGAGAGUUCUGCAGCAACCUGGCUCUCACAGUUCGGAAUGGAGGAAAUGUGUUGGUCCCCUGCUACCCUUCUGGAGUGAUCUAUGACCUCCUGGAAUGCCUGUAUCAGUACAUUGACUCAGCUGGCCUCUCCAAUAUCCCCUUCUACUUCAUCUCCCCGGUGGCAAACAGUUCACUUGAAUUCUCCCAGAUUUUUGCUGAGUGGCUUUGUCAUAACAAACAGAGUAAGGUGUAUCUCCCAGAACCACCUUUUCCUCAUGCAGAGCUCAUUCAGACCAAUAAGCUGAAGCACUACCCCAGCAUCCAUGGAGACUUUAGCAACGACUUCAGACAGCCUUGUGUGGUGUUCACUGGGCACCCCUCCCUCCGGUUUGGAGAUGUGGUCCACUUCAUGGAGCUCUGGGGAAAAUCUAGUCUCAACACUGUCAUAUUUACAGAACCAGACUUCUCAUACCUGGAAGCACUGGCUCCUUACCAGCCCUUGGCCAUGAAAUGCAUAUACUGCCCCAUUGAUACACGACUAAAUUUCAUCCAGGUGUCAAAGCUGCUUAAAGAAGUGCAGCCCCUGCAUGUGGUCUGCCCUGAGCAGUACACCCAGCCGCCCCCAGCCCAGUCACACAGGGUGGACCUCAUGAUCGACUGCCAGCCCCCAGCCAUGUCCUACCGUCGGGCCGACGUUCUCGCCCUGCCCUUCAAACGUCGAUAUGAGAAGAUCGAAAUCAUGCCGGAGCUCGCAGACUCCCUGGUGCCCAUGGAAAUCAAGCCUGGCAUCUCCUUGGCAACCGUCUCAGCUGUGCUGCACACUAAAGAUAACAAGCACGUGCUUCAGCCCCCUCCCAGGCCUGCCCAGCCCACCAGCGGCAAAAAGAGAAAGCAGCGGGUGAGUGAGGAUGUUCCAGACUGCCAGGUGCUGAAGCCUCUGCUGAGCGGCUCCAUCCCUGUAGAGCAGUUUGUGCAGACGCUGGAGAAGCAUGGCUUCAGUGAUAUUAAGGUGGAAGACACAGCCAAGGGCCAUAUUGUUCUGCUCCAGGAAGCUGAGACACUCAUCCAAAUUGAAGAAGAUUCAACCCACAUCAUUUGUGACAAUGACGAGAUGCUGAGGGUGCGACUGCGGGAUCUUGUCCUCAAAUUCUUACAGAAGUUCUGAACGGGACCUCUGAGCCGCUUUCACUCCCUGAGAUCCUACAGUCCUUCAGUUUGGCUCCCAGCACCAGCCAUCUGGGGAACGGUGUGAAAGGCUGUCAGCAUGUCUCUGGAAUCUCUGGCCUCAGGAAUGCAGAGGCAGUUCUGGAGGGAAACGAGCUGGGGCUGUGACCUGGAUCCGCUGGUCCAGCUCCCUCAUACUGUUGCAGGCAAGAACUUUCCCUUUAAACUUGAGUCAUUUUCAACUCUGGUUCUCGAGGAGCUGAGAGGUGACAUAGUGUGAUAGAUGCCCUUUCCAAGAGGCUCACCAAGGACAGGAAAGUAACAGGGUGACUGGCUUGUUGUCUCAUGUGGCCCACAUUUGUUUUUCAUGGUUCGUUGACUCCGGGCAGGGGAACUAGUGUUUGAUUUUAUUUAUCUGCUUUUAGUGCUGUAAGUAAUAAGAUGAUCCCCCAAAAUAAGUAAAGUAAGCCAUUUAUCCUUUU